AUGCUGCCCGCAUCGCACGCCAAUUCACCGAAGGAUUACCAAAAUGCGGAAAAAUCCACGAACAGACUCUGGAAUGAUACCAAAGCUAGACGCAUUGAAGAUUUGCGCAAGAAAGCACGCACAACGAAUAACGAGGAAAGCUUCCUUCCCCAUGUACGGACAGUGAUCAUCGAUAUGACGCGCGUCACCCACAUCGACACAAGUGGAAUGCAGGCUCUGGCAGAUACCAGAUCCAUGCUCAAGGAGUGGGCCGGCGCGGAUGCUGAACUGGUCUUUGUGGGGCUGAAUGAACGAGUGAGGGAGCGAUUCCAAAGGGCCGAGAAGAGCUUCGUAUCUUCGAAGAAUGAUAGUAGCCCUAGAGAUCAAGGCUACAUUGUUUUUGACGUUCUGCAGACGGCACUAUAUAACACCCAUGCGUCGGAGGAGAGUAGCACUGAUGUGGCUAAGAAUGACUCGUCACCGGAGUCAAAUUGCGCAUCAGAUAUUCAGAUAUCUUGA